AUUUUACUAAGUUAUGAACGAUAAAACGAACGUAAACACGUCUUGUAUAAUCGGUGGACUAUAUAAAUUCUCAACAGAAUAGUUUUAAAACUGUAAACUGCAACACUUGCUACCAUGAACACCUUCAGUGCAAUCUGCCUGCUCUUAUGCGCUUCUCAGACAAUGGGACACUUACAAUUUUCCGAAGAGGAACUAAAAUGCAUAAAAGACUUAAACCUCGACAAAAACUACAUUGAAUCGAUCAUAACAGAUGAUUCCUCAAAAUUCAUUCCCGAAGACGAUCCCAAGUUUAACUUAUUCUUGAACUGCUACUGGAAAGCGAUCGAGUUCCAAAAUGAGGAUGGUACCUUCAACUUUGACAAACUCGAGAAAGAGAUUAGUACUUUCACACGAAAGAAUUUCGGUGGAAAACCCAAUGACGAAGCUCCGAUCGGGUUAGAUAUAGCAAACGCUGCUGUUGCAAGUUGUAAAAAUGUACCAGCAGGCGUGUCGCACGGGCAAACUGCUGCUAGGGUGAAAAAUUGUAUUGAUAAACGUCUCUUGGAGUUGAUCGAGAAGAAGAAUUAGUCCAUUUACGUGUUGUAUUCCAUUUCUAAUAUUUUAUAUGUAGACACUAUUAUUUCAAUAAACGAAGAUUAGGGCAA